AUGGGAUACCUUUCUUGCAAGGCAGACUCAGCCGUUUCCAUAAUCUCUACCGCCCCAACAUCUCAAACAUCAUCUUCUUCUUCUAAAGCCAAACAAGAAAAACCCAUCAAGAUCCAGCAGUUUAACUACAGUGAUAUUGAAGCAGCCACCAAUGGUUUCUCUGACCAGAAGCUCCUAGGCAAAGGCAGCCAUGGUUGUGUUUACAAAGCUGUUUUGCGUGGCCGACAUGUUGCUGUCAAGAAACUGUCAAAGGGUUUUGAAAUUGGCCAAGAAGUCGAUAACGAGAUCGAGAUCUUGUCUAAGAUUCACAGCCCAAGAUUGGUAAACUUAUUAGGCUUUGCUAAUGAUACUAAGGAAAGCUUGCUUGUUGUUGAGUUUAUGAGUAAUGGUACUCUUUAUGAUAUUCUUCACUCAAAUUCUAGACCACCCAGUUGGGGUAGAAGAGUUAGAAUGGCUUUGCAAAUUGCUAAGGCUAUUGAUACUUUACAUUCACAAAGCCCACCAAUAAUUCAUAGAGAUAUUAAGUCUGCAAAUGUUUUGAUUGAUAGGAAUUUCAAUGCAAGAUUGGGUGAUUUUGGUUUAGCACUUAGGUGUGGUGCUGAUGAUGAUUAUAGACUUAAGUCAACCCCACCUGCUGGUACUAUUGGCUAUCUCGACCCAUGCUAUGUUACCCCAGAUAAUUUGAGUACUAAAACUGAUGUGUUUAGUUUUGGGAUUUUGUUGUUGGAGAUUAUUAGUGGAAGGAAGGCUAUCGAUGUGGGGCAUUCGCCGCCUUCUAUUGUCGAUUGGGCAAUUCCACUCGUUAAAAAGGGGAAACUUGGUGCUAUUUUUGAUCCUAGAAUUAUCCAUAUUAAGGAUCCUAUAAUUAGGAAGCAAUUGGCUUUGAUUGCUUCUAAAUGUGUGAGGUCUUGUCGGGAGCGGAGACCCACGAUGAAGGAGGUGGUUGAUUGGUUAACUGCAUUGAGUAAAUUGGUUCCGCUUCAUUCAUGGAAUGGGUUUAACAAUCCUUGCAUGAUGGUGGAGACAAUGGGGCGUCCAGUAGAACUAAGAAAUACACAGUUUGGUUCCAGACCACAAGGUGAUGAUGGAGAAAAUUUGAAUGGAAUAGAUGGUAAAAUAGGCCGGAAAUCAGUGAUGGAUACACGGCGAGUGUAUUCGGAUUUGGGAUUUCGAAGCAAUUUGAUGGAACUCAUGGCUGGAACAGAUGCAGAGACUGAUGGGGUUGAGUCUAGUUUGAAAUCUGCUAAUCGUGUUUCUAGUUCUAGAUUUGUUAGUGCACAAUCUGGUACCAAAGGAAGAGCUCAACCCAAAGCUCAUGGUAAUAGAAAAGGUCUGUUUCAAGUGAGAAAAAACCAAUCAGUUGGGGAUGGUUCAGAAUUAUUCUCAACAAAGGAUAACACGGUUGCUCGUUCAAGUUUUAGUUGUCAAGGUUAUGACGGUAUCUAG